AUGGUAGGGGCCUGUUCCGGACAGCCAGCUGUCCAGCAUUUGAAGCUUGAAGAAGACAAGGAUGAGCAUGAGGAGGAGCAGUACCCUGAGCAGAAGCACAAGCACAAGCAUGAGCAGGAGCAUGAGCAGGAGCAUGAGCAGGAGCAUGAGCAGGAGCAUGAGGAGGAGCAGUACCCUGAGCAGAAGCACAAGCACAAGCAUGAGCAGGAGCAUGAGGGGGAGCAUGAGCAUGAGCAGGAGCAUGAGCCGGAGCUGGAGCAUGAGCAUGAGCAGGAGCAUGAGCAGGAGCAUGAGGAGGAGCAGUACCCUGAGCAGAAGCACAAGCACAAGCAUGAGCAGGAGCAUGAGGGGGAGCAUGAGCAUGAGCAGGAGCAUGAGCCGGAGCUGGAGCAUGAGCAUGAGCAGGAGCAUGAGGGGGAGCAUGAGCAUGAGGGGGAGCAUGAGCAUGAGCAUGCUCAAGCAUCAAGGUUUGGUCUCUUUCAAAGUGGCUUGACCUCGCUCGCUCGAUUUGCCUUUCCGUCUCUCUUCAUCUCUGCCAAAUCUCAAUCUCUCCGCCGCUUCUUUCACAUCGACAACGCAACCUUUUGA